AAACAAACAGUUGCCCCUUCCUUUAUUAAUUUUCACAUUUUUUGUUUAAGAUAUGCCAAGAAAAAAAUCAGCAACUAAGAAAGCACGCGAAGCGCUUGCGAAAGGACAGGAAGAAAAGCAAUUGCCUGAGAAUAGCGGCAAAAGUCAGUUGAUCGAUGAUAAUAUUUCAGAAGAAGAAGAUAAUGUUGAUUCUUUAAAAAUUAACGAGAAUUUCGCCAAAAGAUUCGAACAUAAUAAGAAGAGAGAAGAAAGGCAGAAAUUGGAAGAAAAAUAUGGUAAAGAAUUAGCAAAUCAAAAUGAUAGUGACGAUGAGGACGAGAGUUCCGAAGAGAGCGAAGAUUCUGAAGGAGAAUUGGUCACGCCAGAAGUAGAUGCUGCAAUUCUAAAAAUUCUCACUAAAAUUCGGAAUAAGGACCCUGAUAUUUAUGAUAAUAGUCAACAGUUUUUUGACGACACGGAAAGGUCUAUAAAAACGACAGUUAAGGAAAAUAAGGGCCGCCCAGUUACUCUGAAGGAUUAUCACCGUGAUCAACUCAUUUCUGGCAAUGUAAUGGAAGCUAUGGAAGAAGACGAAACACCUCGUUCUGAAGUGCCGACACAUGUAGAAGAGCAAGAACAACUUCGCAAAGAGACCAUUCGGGCUUUCCACUCAUCUCGUGACAAUGAUGAAGUUUCACACGAAAAUGAAGAUGAACAUGACGAGGAGGGAGAAGAUUUCCUAAAGAGAAAGGAAAGACCGAAGGAAGAGGUAGAAGCAGAAGAGAAAGCUUACGAGAGGUUUUUAUUAGAACACGCCGAAAACAAAGAUGCCAGUAAAGUUUUGAAAGAUUUGUCCACUUACUAUGUAAAAAACCGACCUGAAGUUUUACAAGGUAUAGAGAACGAAGAAAAUGGGAUUGCAGAACAAGAUGAAAGCUUUUUGGCAAAUUACAUGUUGAGUCGUGGUUGGCGUACUUCAGAUAACCGCAUUCCCUCUUAUGAAGAAAUUGUCCAAGAGGUUGAUGCUGAUAACCAAUUCGAUGAAACAGCGGAUAACUUUGAGACGAAGUAUAACUUCCGUUAUGAAGAAGCAGGUGGAUCUGAAAUAGCUUCGCAUCCUCGUGAUGUUCCCGAUAGUAUGCGUCGAAAAGACGAUACUCGAAGACUUGCACGUGAACGUAAGAGGGAACGCCAGGAAGAAGAGAAACGAAAGCGAGUUGAAGAAAUGAACAGGUUAAAGAACCUCAAACAAAAGGAACUUGAAGAGAAAUUGAAUCAGGUUGCUGAAAUUGCAGGGACAAAUGAUAUCGAUAUAUCUGAAUUGGAUUUGGAAGGCGAUUUUAAUCCCGAAGAAUGGGAGGCUAGAAUGGCAAGGAUUUUCAGUGAUAAAUAUUAUAAGGAUGAUGACUCGAAACCACAAUUUGAAGAUGACAUUGACGUUUCUGAUCUCGUACCGCCCGAAGAAAACAGUGGUAAGUCUCAAAUAAAUGAUAAUAUUGUUGAUUUGCCCAAUGAUGCGGAAACGGCCGACGGAAGUGAAUCUCAAAAGAAGGCGAAGCGUCAAUCGAGAAAGGAAGCCAAAAACAAGAAAAGAAAAAUUGAAGAAUACGUUGAUGAAAAGUAUGGUGUUCCUGAACCUGUUGCUUCCAGCGGUACUCAAUUCAGAUAUCGUCAAGUUGCCCCAGAAACCUUCGGUAUGGAUGUACUAGAUAUCUUGAAUGCAUCGGACGCAGAUUUGAACAAGUACAUUGGUUUAAAGAAGCUUUUGCCAUACAGAACACCAGAACAGGUUGAGAAGGACAGAAAGAAGUUUGGUAAGAAGAAGAGGCUGCGUGAAUGGAAAAAGGAAGUUUUUGGUAAAAAGGGUUAGGUUUAGAUAAAGGUUGGUUAUAGAAAUAAUGAAAGCUACUUUUGUUAAAAAGCGAACAAAUUAUUCGCUUAUAACAUAUCAGGUAUUUGGAU